AUGCAACAAAGGACGACCGCGCCAGCUGGUCCACCGGCCUCUGCAUCUUCCGGAAAGCAAGUGGUUGAGCUCAACGGGUACGUUAUCAUUCUGGUCGAGAGCCGCGAUGGCAAAAUCAAACUCUACGGUAGUCCGGCCGACAAGGACAACCUGGAGGUUGCGGACGAGAUACUGGACGUUAACGAACGCAAACUGGAAGACUCGCCCCGCGCGGAAGUUAUUAAGCACAUACACGAGUGUAUCCAGUCGUGCAUGAUAAAGUUGCGUGUCAAACGGCGAAGCGACUCCCGUCUAGCCGGCGAGCUUGGCAAUGCGGUGCAGGAUGCGUUCGUCAUUGCGGUCGAGCAGCAGGCCCGAGAGCGGCUCCAACGAUUGUCCGCCCUCAAGCGCAUCACACCGGUCGACAUGUCACAGCUUUCGAUCAAACUCAACCAACAGAGCCAGGCCAAGGGUGGUGCCACACAAGAUUUGAGCUUCCUGAAGGAGGCGUCCCCGAUCUACGUGACGUCGCUCUCGGGGAACAGUGUUACGGGUACCAACACCAGCACGACGGUGACGGCCGGCGUGAAGCCGGCCACCUUUACCGCAGGCUCCAGCAACAACAACAACAACAACACCAACACCCUUGGGGGCCAACAGACUGCAAUCAACAACCUGAACAACAACAUCAACAGCACCUGUCUUACGGCCGGUGCAGGCGUAAGCAUCGGUGUCGCCGGCACCAGCGGCAACAUUGUGGUGCGGCAGCAACCUCAACCGGGACCUUCCUCCAGCGGCACCAGCAGCAUCGUUUCCUCCGGCGGUGGCUACGCAAACAUUCGCCAACUGCCGGGCGGCGGCCUGGCCGCGAUCCCAGCGGGAUCGCAGCCGUUGAAGGGGACGCAGGCGGCUGACCAAGUGGCCACCGGUAGCACUAACAACAAUAACACACUAGCUCUUAGCGGCGGCGUGACCGCGACGCAUCACCUCCAUCACAGUCUUGUAAAUAACAAUAACCUCACCAACAGGCCGCAGGGGUUCGAUACUACCGCCAACAGUUACUAUAGCAAUCUAACUAACACCUUCCUAUCGAAUGGUCAUGGUUCCAAGAGAGAGCUGGCAACACUGUCCGAGGGUGAACUCGAACCACCGGACGAGCCGCAGUACGAGUCGAGCGGAAACAUAUCGCGCGGUGGCACCGAGGUUCUGCUGGGCGAUCAGCAUCUGCGCCAGGAAAAUCGGCCCCGCAGACGCAGCGGCUCCAGCAUCGUGGUGCUGGGCGGUGAUGACACACUGAAGCCCUCGAUACCGAUUGAUGACUAUCAGGAAGAUUUGGAAAUGUACAAUAUGUUAGCGGCGAAUCAGGACAAUGGACCACACCGGGAAAUGGCUGUCGAUGUACCUGAAUCAUUUAUAGCCAGAAACAAAACGCCUCCUCGCUAUCCACCGCCACGGAGCACGGCGUCCGGAGUGCCACCGCCGGCCACGCCAGCGGCACCGGCCUCGACGACGCAGGUAAAUCACGUAUCCAACGCAAUGCCCCAGGUUCCGAAGGUGGUCCAUCAUCAUCAUCACCCGGCAAACGGCGGCGGCGGCGGCGGUGGCGGAGUCUCGCUGGAGCUGGAACCGCUCGACGCGUACGGCGAUCGGCACCUGUCCUCGCUGGACAGUAGCCAGGAGUACGUGAAGAAGGGCGGCUCCAGCAAGGGCCCGUCCUCGCUCGGUUCGGUCACCAGCGAGUUCGAACCGUCGGGGAUGAUGAACGGGAGCGGCGGCGGUGGUGGUUACGGUAACGUGCGCAAGCAGACCGACCGAGAUCACCACCGGGGCGGCUCCCUGAGCACCACGCGGAGCGCCUCCUCCUCCUCGUCGUCGUCGUCGGGUGAUCUCGGGCCGCCCGAGUACGAUCUGGGGCCCCACCGGGAACUCCCCGUGGACGUGCCGGACAGCUUUGUCGAGAUCAUAAAGGCGCCACCGCGCUACCCGCCGCCCAAACCAUUGAUCAUUAAAGAUGUUAUCAAAAAGAAAGAAUCAUGCUCGUCGAACGAAUCCAUUGCUAAGCCAAAACCGCAAUCCCAGUCACCGGCCCGUAACGAGCUGAACGGGUCAUCGAAACCGGUGCCGCCACCGCGCGAUCAUCUGCGGAUAGAGAAGGACGGCCGGCUCACCAAUCGUGCACCAGUACCCGCUCCACAAGUGCCAGAUCGUAAGGCUGUGCCGAUCGCAUCACAGCAGCCCCAGCAUAUCGGCCAAGUCCUGGAACCGACCCCGGAUCAGCUGGAUAGCAUUAAGAAGUUCCAGGAACAACUUCGGCGCAGACGGGAGGACGAAGAAAGAAUAGCGGCCCAGAAUGAAUUCCUACGCAACAGCUUACGCGGAUCGCAGCGGCUGCGCGCGCUCCAAGAUAAUCCCAUCGAGAAGCCCCCGGUCGGUGUUGACAACGAGGCGUACGCCGACGAUGAGGUGGUGCAGGAGAAAAUUAUUGGCUACAGUGAACUGGUGGCGGCUCUCCAGCGACUGCAGGGUCACCUCAACAAGCACGGGUUGGCAUCACUCGCUGGCAGGGUGACCGCCGCUCAAAGCUUGCUGCUGGGCCCCGGUAUCGCCCGUGCCCUAGCCGUCAGGUCGGCGGUCCUGGAACGGCGGCGACCGAAGGUGCAGAAUCCAAUUUGCUCAAAUGCUCAAGCCCUGGCCAAGGAUUGCGUUGAAUCGCUGGCGCAAUCCGGUUCACCGGCCGCAAUAGAACUGUGUGAUCUGCUGUCCACGUACGAAAUGGAGGGACUGCUGCUCGCUCACGAUCGGAUCGCCACGACCACCGAUCGGUCACCGGUCGUCUCCUACGGUGGUAGCCCGAUCAACGCCACGCUGCCAUCUCUAAGCAACAACAUCAACAAUAACACCUUGACCAGCAGCGCGGUCAAACCGGCCACGGUCAUGCCAUCAAUUCCAAAUAACACUAGUUUAGUGAACAAUAACAAUAACAAUAUCGCUAAGAGAGAACCGAUGAGUGUGCCGCUCGGUGUGCUGCGUGACGGUAGCCAGGAUCACAUCAAAAUCAUCCAGAUCGAAAAAUCGUCGGAACCGCUCGGGGCGACCAUCCGCAACGAGGGCGAAGCGGUCGUGAUUGGGCGCGUGGUGCGCGGUGGGGCCGCCGAAAAGUCGGGUCUGCUGCACGAGGGUGACGAAAUACUCGAGGUGAACGGUAUCGAAAUGCGGGGCAAAUCGGUGAACGACGUGUGCGCCCUGCUCGGGUCGAUGACGGGCACACUGACGUUCCUGGUGGUCCCGGCUGGUAUCCCACAGAUCAUGCCGGGAAUGGGAAUGCGCGAUCCGCCCGUGCUGCACGUGCGCGCCCACUUCGAUUACGAUCCCGAGGACGACCUGUACAUACCGUGCCGGGAGCUGGGCAUCAGCUUCCAGAAGGGUGACGUGCUGCACGUGAUUUCGCGGGACGACCCGAACUGGUGGCAGGCGUACCGGGAGGGUGAAGAAGACCAAACGCUUGCCGGCCUGAUACCGAGCCAAUCGUUUCAGCAUCAGCGCGAAUCGAUGAAGCUGGCCAUUGCCGGGGAGGUUGGGUUGCGCACGCGGAAGGACAUCAACGGCAAGGCGGGCGGUGGGUCCACUUUGCUGUGCGCCCGGAAGGGGCGCAAGAAGAAGAAGAAGGCAAGCAGCGAGCACGGGUAUCCGCUGUACGCCACGGCCACGGCCGACGAUCCCGAUCCGGAGGAGAUUCUCACCUACGAGGAGGUGGCCCUGUACUACCCACGGGCGUCCCACAAGCGACCGAUCGUGCUGAUUGGCCCGCCGAACAUUGGACGCCACGAGCUGCGGCAGCGCUUGAUGGCUGACUCGGAGCGUUUCGCGGCCGCCAUUCCUCACACCUCCCGGGCACAGCGGGAAGGUGAAGUCCCCGGACAGGAUUAUCACUUCAUCUCGCGACAACAGUUUGAGUCGGACAUUUUGGCGCGCAAGUUUGUCGAGCACGGAGAAUACGAAAAGGCAUAUUACGGCACAUCACUGGAGGCAAUUAGGGCCGUGGUCGCUAGUGGCAAGAUAUGCGUGCUGAACCUGCACCCGCAGAGCUUAAAGUUGCUUCGCUCGUCCGAUCUGAAGCCGUACACCGUACUGGUGGCGCCGCCGAGUUUGGAAAAGCUACGCCAGAAGCGAAUACGGACCGGGGAACCGUACAAGGAAGAGGAGCUUAAAGAGAUCAUCGCGACGGCACGUGACAUGGAGGCACGAUGGGGCCACCUGUUCGAUAUGAUUAUCAUCAACAAUGAUACGGAGCGGGCCUACCACCAGCUGCUGGCGGAGAUUAACUCUCUCGAGCGCGAACCCCAGUGGGUGCCGAGUAGCUGGCUUCACAACUAAAUCGUGUGGCUGUUGCGGUUGGAACCGCUUGUGGCUUGUGAGAAUAAGACAUUCGGCGUGUCCGGCACACAGUAUUAAUCCACAAGCGAUGGUGCGCCGGCACCGGUUGAUCCGAGCGUGUGGCAAUGAGAGAGCAGCAACAACAGGGGACAGUCACAAGACUUGAUACGGGAAUCGCAUCCCACGAAUCCCGGUACGGCGCCCGCAGCAGGGACAUAGAGAACUCUUUAGGAACUUAUAUCUAUACGUAUAUCCGUAUCCCCACGCAUGAAGCAUACAUAGAUGCUUAUUACUUUACUCUAAUUGUUGUUAUGUUAUGUUCGUUUCUGUGCUCGACAAUUGCACAAACAGCUUCGGGGCAACAAUAUAAACACUUCCACUAUAGGUUUUUCGCCUUAGAUCCAAUUGUAUAGGUUUGCAACGGCAGGGGAACACACAUGGUGAACGUCGACUUGCGGAGCACCUCUUUCCCUGGGUUGGUGUGGUGGUGUUUUGUUAAUACGCGAAGCCGAUCGGUGAUCGGAGCGCGGCAGUACUGCUUAAAA